AUGAUUUCUCGUUUUGCUCUCUUAGCUACGCGAAAGUCUGCUACGACAGAGUGCGUUUCGAGCCUUCGCAAUUUUAGCAAUGCUAACAAAUUCCGACCGAAACGUCGACCGGGAAAGAACUACAACGCUGCUGGCAAAGCAGCCGUGAAGAAGCCACAUCCCAAGCAAAGGUCAAAGGGAAAGAAGGAUCCGAACGAUAUUUCCACUCCCCCUAGACCGUCUAUCGACUUUUCGAACAUUAAGGUCACUGACGUCGUAGAUGAGGGUGAUGAAUACACUGCGGAAGAACUGAUUGCUGAAUUUGGACACUUGGCAGGUGGUGCUUUAAACAUGGAGCGAAGAGAAAUGGAGCACGGCGAGCUUGACAUUGAGGCACAACUGAAGAUGAUGGAUUAUUUCACAAGCGCUCCUGGUUCCACAGAAGACUUGGUUGCAGAGAGAAGAAUCCUUGCCGCGGAAACACCCGAUGAACAAGAAAGACUUGCCCUGAUCCAAGAAAUCGAUAGACUUGUAGAAGAGGAGCGAUUGCGAGAUAUGGACCUUCCGCAUACCGAACCAAUCACUUUGGAAGAUCUUGAGGAGGAGCAAAACACGGGUGCCACGGCAGUCCCGCAAAAUCAACUUGCACAUGGCGAAUGGGGAGAGCUGCUGAUUCGAACCGAUCGUGUCUGUAAGAUGUGGAGAGGUGGUCGUAUCGAAUCCUACCGGGCUCUAGUCGUCGGCGGAAAUCUUAAAGGCUGUGGCGGUUUUGGUAUUGGGAAGUCCUUUGAACCCGAAGAUGCUGUUGCCAUUGCCUCGAGAAUGGCCAAGCGCAACAUUUUCUUUGUUGAUCGCUAUCGCAACCGAGGUCUGACAAGAGACUUGACGGGGCGACAGAACUCGUGUAAGGUCUACUUGAGAGCGACUGACAAUGGAUUGCGAGGAAAUCCUCUGUGCUGCGAAAUUUUGAAAUUCAUGGGAAUCACCAAUGUUGUGGCCAAGGCGCAUGGUAGCCGCAACCAUUACAAUGUCUGCCGAGCCACUUACAAAGCGUUGCAAACACACGAAUCUUUGGACGACAUUGCUAUGAAGCGAGGCUUGCGAUUGGUAAACCUCCAAAAGGCCAAGCGGUUGCAGAUUUAA